AUGAUGACAGCAUCGUCCGGAUCCUCCUCUUCUGAAUCUCUUUCCAAUCAUACCUCCGCGACGCUGCCCUCCGAUCAAAGUAUGGAAGCCUCACCCGAUACCACCCCUUCGCCGUCUAUCAUUGCGUCUGAGGAACUUCAAGAUCCAGUUGUACUUGUCGACACAUUCUUCCGAGCCUCCAGCUUCAGCAGUAACAGCACUCUUUCGAAUGACAAUGACCAAGGCCCAGAUCUUGAAAUGGGGCCAGCGCCGUUCUACGACUCCCGAGACGAUGGCUCUGUUGUCUUUCAUCACCUACACAGACACACCCUCAGUCAUGACAUUUUCGUGGUGCCAGAAGGGGAAAUCAAGGAAGGCGGCGAUUUCAUGUUCACAACUAAUACCGUAGUGAACAUGAACGGGAUCCUUGGUGGCGAAGACAAUCAUGAGACCGACAAUCAAGAAGAAAAGCAAGACGUCUUUGCCAGUUCUGGAAGUUCCCUCGUUGGAGGCGAAACAGAUGCUUCUGCGAGAUCCUAUUCCAGCAAGAGCCAUGAUCCGACCCAAUCCUACACGUACAAGUGGAAUAUGUAUGCUCCUUCUACCAAGGACUUUGGAAAGUUCUUGCGUUGGACCAUUGUGGGUGGCUCACGGUUCUCCCCGGAACAAACGGAUGAAGAGCUGCAAGCGUCUCUCGCUGGAUUGGCCCAGUGUUUGAAUCUUAUGAGAGACUAUUUGACACACUAUGGCAUGCCGGAACGUGGCGGACCUCGGGAUCAGGAAUAUGUCCUUCGAGAAGUUGUCAGAGACCUCUAUGGAGGAGGGUGCCCUCUUUGGGCUCUGGAACCAGUCAUGCAGAAAGCAGCAGAGGGGCUCACGGGCCAACCAAAUGUGAACUGGCAAUUGUAUCCCCGCAAGGCGUUUGUGUACAACCCAUCGUCAGGCACUACGAGCAUGUUUCGCUUGGAUCGCGGUUUCAACAUUAGCAAAAUGUCGGCCAUGGAAGGCGUGGCAGUUCGUCUUGCAAGCUUUGCUUCCAAUGUUCAGGGAGUCAGCAACAUUCCAGCCCGGUUCCCCAACCCAGCGGACUUUUACAAGGCUUGUAAACAGAGCGUUCGUAACUUGGGCUUGCGCGUCCCGGAGGAGAGCAAGUUGGCCCGCAAGAUUCUGAAUUUGGCAUCUCGUCAACAGGGCCUCUUCUACUACGUCAACAGUCGAGAGUACAUGGGAGGUGACACGCCCAUAUUGGAUAGCAGCAAUUCCCCCAAACGACCCACUCUUCAUCAUGCGGUGGAAGACUUUUGGAUUGUAACGGAUGAGGAACGGGAACUGUUCUCCCGUUUGGCUUGUCAAGAGGCGCUCAAGCACAUCAGUAUCAUUGAUGCGAGACAGAAAGAUGCCGCGCAAAAGCCCUUGUACUCGCCUCUCCUUAUCAUCGUCUGUCGUGCAGUUGCCUCCGCUGGUGCUUGCGCUUUCUGGUUCGGAGGAUCUUGGCAGGAUAUGAUUGUGGCUGGUUUAUUGGCCAUUGUCGUCAACGUGAUUGGAACGAGUUCACUCCUCAACAAGCAAGAACGCUUGCUGUACGAAGUGGUUGCAAGCUUUGUGGUUGGUUUGACGUCAGGUUUGCUGGCGUUGAGCUUUCCUGAGCAUAUGUGCUUCUCUGCCAUGGCCAUCUCUGGAAUCCUCGAUCUCUUGCAAGGUUUCAGAGUGGUGUAUGCCGUCAUUGAAAUCAUGAGCCGACACACCGUGGCCGGUGGAGCAGAUCUGUUGGAAGGUGUCCUAUUCACGGGGUUAAUAUCGUAUUUUCUCCAAUUUGGGUCGUACACAGCAGCCUCUAUUCUGGGAGAUGCCAGAGCCACGGAGUUCGCUCACUGCGACCACGGCCUUGAUCCACGCUUCUACAUCCUGCUCGUCCCGCUAACUUGCGCAGCAUUUGCCAUCAUGUUCACUCCCAACCUCCGGGAGUUGCCAGGCAUGGCAUUUCAUGGUAUCUUGGCCUAUUGCAUGAACUAUGGGUUGGCCGCGUUGGGAGCCACCAGUGACCUGAACUAUUUUGUGUCAGCUUCGGCCGUCUCUCUGAGUGCCGGCCUCUGCUCGAGAUUCACUGGACGCCAAGCAGUCGGCAACACUGUCGCCGGCAUUUACAUGCUUCUUCCGGGAGCCUAUCUCGUCUCCUCAAUUUACUCCGGCGACUUGGACUCUUCUUUCUUUACGGAUAUCCUCAAGAGCGCCAUUGUCACGGGUAUCGGGGCAUGGAGUGGAACCAUUCUCUGUAGUCCUACGCUGUUGGGGACUACCCGUGGUCUCCUAUGGCAACAGCAAGCAAAGUUGCCAGGUCUACGCCGUGGUUUGAGCAAGGAAGGAGACCGCGCACCACCACCUUCAACAGAAGACAACUCAAGAACCUCUCGCAGUAACCGAGGAGGCCACGUUUCAUUUGCUCCAAAGGGCCAUCAUCGUGUUGGAUCCAAGACGUUGUCUGCUGCUUCGGGCCACCACCACCGCGACGGUUCCCGUGGUUCAUCAGCUCAACAGGCCAGCACCGGUGGCCAUUCCAAUAAGUCACCGCAUCAGCAUCACCGAAUCGAGUCCAAUGUUUCCAUUUUUGAUUUUGAUCACCCCACAUCCACGAUGCUUUUCUUUUGA